UGCAUGCAUAGUACUAACAACUUAGUAGUAUCUAUCUACCUUCAAUCUUAGUUAUACACUUCUUUAAUUUCUUUCUCUACCCACAUCAACCAUGAAUUUCAAGUUUUUUACUGCUUUAAUUCUCUACUCAGUAAUUUACCUGAGUAGCAGAAGCUAUGCCUUUGACCCUUGUGCUUCUCAACCUGAUGACUCAGACCUGAGCGUGAUUCCCAUCUAUGGCAAAUGCUCCCCAUUCAACCCACCAAAAAUCUCAUGGGACAACCGUGUCAUGGACAUGGCCUCCAAGGACGACCCAGCACGACUCACUUACCUCUCCGCCCUCGCCGCCCAAAAGACCGUCUCCACCGCACCAAUCGCCUCCGGCCAGGCCUUCAACAUAGGCAACUACAUUGUCCGUGUCAAGAUCGGAACCCCCGGCCAGCUCCUCUUCAUGGUCCUCGACACCAGCACCGACGAGGCUUUCGUCCCGUGCUCCGGCUGCACCGGCUGCUCCACCACCACCGCUCCAUUUUCCCCCAAAGCAUCUACCACAUACAGCCCGCUCGACUGCUCCGUCCCACUGUGCGGCCAGGUCCGCGGCCUCUCCUGCCCCGCCACGGGCUCCGCCACGUGCUCCUUCAACCAAUCCUACGCCGGCUCCACCUUCUCCGCCACACUAGUACAAGACUCCCUCAGCUUAGCCACAGACGCCGUCCCCAACUACUCUUUUGGUUGCAUUAACGCGAUCUCGGGCGCGACUGUCCCAGCCCAGGGGCUUCUUGGACUGGGACGUGGCCCAUUGUCUCUAUUGUCCCAAACCGGGACAAACUACUCGGGAGUCUUUUCAUACUGCCUCCCGAGUUUCAAAUCAUACUACUUCUCCGGGUCAUUGAAACUCGGGCCCGUGGGCCAGCCCAAGAGCAUCCGAACCACCCCGCUCCUUCGCAACCCACACCGCCCUUCUCUUUACUACGUCAACCUAACCGGAAUCAGCGUGGGGCGUGUGCUCGUGCCCGUUCCGGCCGAGUCUCUAGCAUUUAACCCGAGCACGGGAGCUGGAACGGUCAUCGACUCAGGCACAGUGAUAACCCGGUUCAUUGAACCGGUUUACGCUGCGGUCAGAGAAGAGUUCAGGAAGCAGGUUACCGGACCGUUCUCGAGCCUUGGUGCGUUCGACACGUGUUUUGUGAAGACCUACGAGACGCUGGCACCUGUAGUUACGCUGCAUUUGGAGGGGCUGGACCUGAAGCUGCCAUUGGAGAACAGCUUGAUUCACAGUAGCUCGGGGUCGUUGGCUUGCCUUGCGAUGGCGGCGGCGCCGGAAAAUGUGAACUCUGUGCUGAACGUGAUUGCUAACUACCAGCAACAGAAUCUUAGGGUGCUGUUUGAUACAGUGAAUAAUAAGGUUGGGAUAGCCCGUGAACUUUGUAACUAGAAGCUAUUAAUUUUUUCAUUUUGUUGGUUAGCUUUGCUUAGCUAGCAAUCGCUAUCCCAGUUUGGAUGUUUCGUUGUGUUAAAAAAAGAUGGUGUGGCCACGGUGAAUAAGCUUGCCUUGUGCCUUGCUGGAAAGAAGAUAUUGAAUGUGAAAUUAAUGCGAUUAUCUUUUUGAA